AUGUCUGAGGAAUCACAACGUGCUAUAGAUGAGGAGGUGGGAAGUCAUGCCCCCUCAGAACCCAUUGAGCCAGCAGUUGCACCAGCCCCUCAUGGUGAAGAUAGGCCAGGACAGGAUGCAUUUUUACAACAGUUGGCAGAUAUGUUUAGACGAGUUUCAGGGGCAGCACCUCAGGUGCCACCACCAGUUGCAGUACCUAUGCAGGCUCCUGCUAGACCACCAAUAGACAAGCUUAGAAAAUAUGGAGCUAUGGAAUUCAAAGGCAGAAGAGAAGAUGAUGCUCCAGUAGCAGAGUACUGGCUGCAAAGUACAGAGAGAGUGUUGCAGCAGCUUCAGUGCACACCACCAGACAGUGUGGCUUGUGCAGUUGCUUUGUUACAAGAAGAGGCCUAUCAGUGGUGGGACACCACAUCACAGAUAGUUCAAUCUGAGCAGCGGACUUGGGAAUUCUUUCUGGCUGAGUUUCGAAAGAAGUAUAUAGGAGAUUUGUAUAUGGAUGAGAAGAGAAAAGAGUUCCUAUAUUUGAGACAGGGCAGGAUGACUGUUAGCGAGUAUGAAAAAGAUUUCAUCAGAUUGAGUAAGUAUGCCCGGGAAAUGGUGCCUACAGAGGAAGCUAAAUGUAAGAAAUUUGAGCAGGGUUUGCAUAAUGACAUUAGGGUGCUUUUGGCAGCCCAUUCCAUCAAAGAGUUCUCUACUCUGGUAAAUGCAGCGUUGAAUAUAGAGAAGAUAAAAGAAGAAGAACAGAGCUGGAGACAGAAAGGGCAACAGAAGAGAGGGCAAACCCAGAUGCAGGGGCAAUCCUCAGCCUCUCAAGCACCUAUGAAGAGACAAAGAGCCAGUUCAGGAAGUGCAAGCAGGGGACAAUACCCUAUAUGUGAGCACUGUGGUAGAAGGCAUUUAGGACCCUGCAGAAAACUAACAGGGGCAUGCUUCAGGUGUGGAUCCACUGAGCAUCUUAUGAGAGACUGUCCUAGGGGACAGGUAUCAUCAGCACCACCUAUAGAGAGGCCUAUUCCUGCUGGAUCUAGAGGAAGAGGAAGGGGUAGAGGUAAUCAAGGGGCAACUUCAGCCAGUCAAAGGGUGUCUGAAACAGUAGAUAGACUAGACUUCAGAACACCUGCUAGAGCAUAUGCCAUCAGGGCUAAAGAGGACAGAGACUCCAGACGGAUUGUUGGUACAUUCUCAAUCUUUGAUAAACCUGUGCAUGCAUUGAUAGACCCAGGAUCUACACAUUCAUACAUAUGUUUACCCAUUGUCAAUGAGGGGAAAUUACAGGCAGAUUCUCUAAACCAAGAUAUAAUAGUAACCAAUCCCCUUGGUCAUAGUGUGAUAGUGAGUAAAGUAUAUAGGGAUUGUCCUAUAUCUAUUCAUGAUCAGACUUUCCAUGGUGAUUUGAUAGAGUUACCCUUUAGAGAAUUUGAUGUAAUCCUUGGCAUGGACUGGUUAUCUAAGCAUCGGGUAUAA